AUGACAAUGAUUCUCUAUCUAUGCCUUUUCAGUGUUCACUGGCCAAACUUAGAACACUUGGGAGCCUUGUCCACUGCCUUGUCUGUAACUCCAUUGGACUAUGGCUAUGACUUGGUGGAGUUUUUUGUUUUCACACAACAUGUGCAAUAUGUUAAGACCGGGAAAUUAGCAUUCAUAUCCAAUUAUCAAGGGAGCACGGCACUGUUAACAAACCCUCAGAUCCUGACCCACCCGUCUGUUAGUGAUGGGAGUGAUAUUUUUGGUGAUGGGAAUAUUGAGGCGGUUGUCAGCGAGUUUGAAAGUAAGCACAUCUGCAAUUUUUACUGUGAAUGGGUGGGGUUUGGGCUCGAACCAUUUGGGAAGAAAGAUGAAAGCCUUGAUGAAGCAGAGAGCACAUUGAAUGAGGUAGAGAGCAUGAACAUAACUUAG